AUGAACAACAGUACCUGCGGCUUCAGGGAGCUCCCCGGGCCCCAGGCGGCCAAGUACAUCUUUUCCAUCUAUAUGGGCGGGCUCCUGGCGCUGGGUCUGCUGUUCAACGGCCUGGCACUCUGGGUGCUGUGCUGCCGCCUGCUGCGCUGGACGGAGACCCGCAUCUACAUGGCCAACCUGACCGUGGCUGACCUCUGCCUGCUCUGCGCCCUGCCCUUCUUUCUGCACUUCCUGAAGAGCAGCACAGACACGCCACUCUGCCAGCUGUCCCAGGGCAUCUACCUGGCCAACAGGUACAUGAGCAUCAGCCUGGUCAUGGCCAUCGCCGUGGACCGCUACGUGGCUGUGCGGCACCCACUGCGAGCCCGCGGGCUCCGCUCCCCACGCCAGGCCGUGGCCGUGUGCGCCGUGCUCUGGGUGCUGGUACUGGGCUCCCUGGUUCUUCGCUGGUUCCUGGAUAUGCAGGACGGCGGCUUCUGCUUCUCCAGCCGCUCUGGGCAGAAUUCCUACACCGUGGUCUUCUCGCUGCUGGGCUUCUACCUGCCGCUAGCCGUGCUGGUCUUCUGCUCUCUGCAGGUGGUGACCGCCCUGGCCCAGAGGCCAGCCGCUGACGCAGGCCAGGCGGAAGCCACCCGGAAGGCCUCCCGCAUGGUCCUGGCGAACCUGGCCGUGUUCGUGGUCUGCUUCCUGCCCUUCCACGUGGUGCUGACUCUGCGCACGGCCCUGGGCCUGCACACCUGUGCCAUGCGUCUUGCCCUCCAGAUCACUAGCAGACUCUCAGAUGCCAACUGCUGCCUGGAUGCCAUCUGCUACUACUUUGUGGCCAAGGAGUUCCAGGGAGCUGACGCCCUCCCCGCCAGAACCAAGGCCCACAGGAACCAGGACUCUCUGUGUGUGACCUUGGCCUAG